UUCCCUUUCCUGUUUUUCGAAUCAAAACAGGAAUGGCUGCUGUGUAUGUGAAGUUUAUAUGCCUUUUGCUAGUGCUUCUGUUCAGUUCUGCAUGGCUCUCCAGUGCCCAUGAAGCUGCAGAAGAUGAUGCUGCUAUGUCAACUGAGAAGAAGGGAGUAGUGGAUAGUGUUCUUAAUGGAAAUGUUGCUACCAGAAAUGAAAUUGGAGGAAAGAAAAUGAUUCCCAGAAAAGUCAUUGUCAAGAGGGUAGAAAUUAAAGGCAAUGAAGCACUAGCAGAGACCAUAAAGAUUUCAAGUGAAAAUCAAGAAACGGUGGCUGGAAAAUCAGGCAACAAAGGGAAGAAGAAGAAGAAGAAGAAGAAGAAUGCUGCUGUAAAUGAAGAAAGUAAACCAAGGGUUAGUAAUAUUCCUGAACAGCUAAACAAUGAGGCAGGUUUUGUAGCUUUCAGUGCCGAUUACCAUUCUCCUAGGCAUCACCCACCUAAAAACAACUGAGAACAAGUAGAUGUUAAUAAUGCUUUGUUAUUAGUUCCCUUAUCUUUUUUCUCUGAUGCAUACAAUGUCUUCUUUUUGUUAAGUUCAUUAUCAUAAAGAAACUAAUACAUGGAAUUUCUCCAAAAUUUCUUUGUA